CAGUUGUAAUCUACAGCAGGAACGCUAUCUCAUGUAUUGGCUGUUCUGAGAUUGGCUUGUUAGCAUUAUUAUAUCGGGAUGGGGAGAUUAAGCUUAUACUCGCUGUUUUGAACUUACACAGUCUGACUGGGGACCAACGUAGUACAUCAUAAACACUCAUAAUUCAAAACAUUAUACCAUUCCUCAAGGCUCACACCCCCUAGUCCAUCCGAUCGACAGUACCUACCUACUUCGAUUCAUAAAUCAAAAUGUCCUCUUCAACCCGCUUCUUCUCCAACCCAUCCACCCCCCUCCGGACCGUAGACGCAUCCGCAGAGCUCGAAGCAAGUCUCGACCGCAUCACAACCCACCACCCUCCAGUCCACACCUGCUCCACCGGCUGGUCGUUCCAAGGGUUCUACGGCGGCCCUACCUCCAUCGCAUAUCUCUUCUUCAAGCUAUCCCGCAUCUUCCCCCGAAAAGCGCACAAGCAGCAAUCGCUAUUCGACUGGGCCGAGGCGUAUCUCGCCCUAGGUGCUAGACUCGAGAAAAAUACGCCGGAUCCGGACCAUUGCGGGAUUGCGAGCGAGACGCUGGCGCACCUGGCGCUGUCGGCUGUUAUGCGAGGCGAUGGCGGGCUUGCGAAGCAGCUUUGCGCUUUUGAGGGCCUGAUUAAUGGCAAUGAGGUCGGCGGGUCGGAUGAGUGGAUGUAUGGACGCGCUGGGUAUCUUUACUUCCUUAGGCUAUGCCGGACGGCGUUCGGGGCCGGGGUCGGAGAGGAUAGCACUGCUGCGCUUCUCGACGCUACUAUCUCUAACACUGUCUCCCGCAUCCUCUCCGCGCCGCGGCCUUGGUCCUGGCACGGGAAGGAGUAUUUCGGCGCUGCUCAUGGGGCCAUUGGUAUUAUUUGCCAGCUUGUUCUCUCGCAGCCGGGUAUCGCGCCUGAGCUGGAGGGCGUCCUAUCCGAUCUCCUGGCUACGCAACUUCCCAGCGGGAAUUUUCCCUCGUCCGCGGGCUCCGAGUCCGAUCGGCUGGUCCAGUUCUGCCACGGAGGGCCCGGGUUCGUCAUAUCCCUUUGUUCUCUGGGGCCGCACUUCCCGGCGCUGAAGCGGCGGAUUAGGCGCGCGGUUGAGCUUGCUGUGGCGGAUACAUGGGAGCGCGGGUUGUUAGUGAAGGAGCCGUGUCUGUGCCAUGGUAUUGCUGGCAAUGCGCUUGCGCUGGCGACGGGUGGCGCUGGAGAAGAGAAGUUUGAGCACUUUUUGGCGUUCAUGGAUACCGAAUCCAUGGAGAAGGUAGGCUGGAUGCGUAGGGCUGGGCGGGACGACAGUUUUGCGGGCUUGUAUACGGGUGAGGCUGGACGUGCUUGGGUUUGGGGGGUGAAAGCCAGUCGGGGAAUGAAGGUGUGUAUUGGGUAUAAUGACUUAUGAUCCGAGAGGAUGAGCUUUCUGACCUAGGUAUUGACAAUUUUGCCUCUUAUAUCAAGGAAUAGUAUGUCUUCGUCUCUUGGGUGAAUGACGCUGGGUCCUAUGCUGUUGGCAUCGUGAUCGUGCAGAAGAGCUCAUGUGUUACCUUGGAGGAAAGAAUAAGUGUAUUAUCUAUCCGCCGUGAAUAGCCCCCCUGUUAAUAGGAAAAUAGGGGGAACUGGCC